AUUGAAAAGAGGCUUGAGGCCAGUGCUCUACCACACACAUGUCUGGACUACCUCCGAGAUGGUCACAAUUGGGACCAAUGCAGGGUACAUUUAUGUCUGCAUAAAUGAAAAACUAGGCUGCAAGCAUGUGUAGUGGCUGUUGUGAGUGGUGAGAGACCACAAUGGAUACAACCAAACUAGAGUUGAUGCUUCGAAGACUGAGGAAGGAUGAACCUUCCUCCCCCUGCUCCCCUAGGGAGACCCAGGCUGGGGGAAAUGCACUUAGUGGGGGUGAUACUGAUCAACCGGCAUCCAGCAGGAAUUUCUACUCGCAACUACCCACUACUGAGCAAGUGAAUCUGAAAUAUUCUCCAAAUGCCAUUCCCAAAUGGGAACGGCGACAGUUGUUUCUCCUUCCCUCUGCUGUAGAUGCUGAUAGAAACCAAAAAGAAGAACAUUUGGAUAGAAUGCCUAAACAUUCUCCGAAUGAUGAAGAGCACCAUGGAAAGAGUACGAAGUCAUGGCCUAAGGCGUCUGGCUCUGUAUCAGAGAGACAAGAAUCAAUGUCUUUCCAGAAAAGUACAGGGAAUAGGCCAGUUCAAGAGAAGCCAUCAGACACCAACAUUUGCCACGCAGGGACUCCUGACAUGUCACUGGACAGAAAAGAGAGUAAAGGACCUGACGGGCCAGUUUUAGGAAAUGUCACAUUACAAGAAAUACAGAUGGACUGCUAUGGGGUCCCAACAGAGGACACAGAGAGUGACAUCUAUGAGGAUGUUGUAUUUCAGCCAAGUACAACUGCGUUUCCCAAUCAGACUAUUGACAUGUCUCCAUUUGUGCAGUCCCACAGCAAGUCAAGAUUAGAUCCAUCAUAUUACAGGGUCAGGAAAGUGAGGCUGUCAUCAGACGCUCCCGAGCAGACAAACAAUGCUUUGAUAACAUCGGUGGCAAAAACAUGUUCUCAGGCCAUGGAAUCUAUGACUGAUGACCAGAUCGGAGCUGGAGUUCAUAGUGAGGACACCAACAGAAGGUGCAGUGCUGAUGUCACAGGUGAGGGCGCCUCAUUCAUAAGGAGUGCCACAGAAUCAUCUUUGGAAGCCCAGAGCUCCCUGGGUGCUCCAGCAGACAAGGAGGGAUCCCUGAUUGGGAAACUGAAGGGAAAAUGGAGGCAGCAGCAGAAGGCAGAGGAAGAUGAAGAUAGCCACGAGAUUGAGAGUCUUUACUUGGAACCUGACCCUGUGGAGGAGACCAUGGACCUGUGUGAGCUACAAGGACCUUGGGAGAAUAAAACAUGCUUGCAAAGGACCUUCACACUCCGUGACUUCCAGCUGGACCUAGGGUCCAUGAGUCUUAUGGAGGACAUUUUUAAAGGAGAGGAAUGGUCUAAAUACCUUCCAGUCCGGGAAUGCCCCUUGCUGGAAGAGGAAACGGACCGGUCAGAAAACGGUAGUCUUCAUAGUUUCGAUGACAAUCAACAACCUGCAACUGAUAAGAUGAACUAUGACUCAAAGUCAAACUGCCAUUCUGGAAGUGCCCGUUCCGGAACAGAGAAUUCUGACGACCAAGAAAAGAAGACAACGGAGGGGGACCAAGAAGAUUCUGGAGUGGAAACCAGUCCAUAUAUUUAUGCUAUACCAAAGGAGGAGCUAGCAAACCCUUCUAAAGAAAAGACCAGUCUGAGUAGUCAGCAGGAGGAUUCAGGAGAUGUCUAUGACUAUGUGGAAUACAUGUUUCCCAUGCCAGCUAACUGGAAGCAACACAAGACAACUCUGAACAAUACUCCUCUGGACUUCUCUGUCAUCAAGCCUCCAGAACUACUGGAUAACAGCAUGCUGAGGAGUCGAAUUAGCCUGGCAAAGAAGAGGAAACAUCGUCCAAUUGGCAAAAAGAAGAGGGAAAAGACAAGUUCAACGUUCUACAAAGUGCCCUCUAACAUCCUGACAGCACUGCCAGAGUCUUCCACGCCCACCCUCACCCUCACCCUCCCCUCCACCCAGACCAGAGUCGGCAGCUCACUAUUCUACUCCCUCCCCCAAACUCCAGAUGGUCAAGUCUCCGAAUCAUUGCCGUCUACGACUGGGAAGUCAAAGCCGAAAUGGAAAGGCUGGUUUCCAAUUGGAAAAGUCAAGGGAAAAUCUAAGCACAAAUUCAGUCACGGGAAUGUUCAGGGGGAGGAGAAUCAUAGUAAUGAGUAA